AGUUGCUCCGCGGCUGCACCCAAUCUUCACAUAGGAUUUAAUUGUCUUUUGCCGAGGGGGCGGGCCUUGCUGUGGGCUUCACUUGUGAGCGCUGUUUGCAUAAAGCCAUUCGGUACAGAGGAAUGGUGACAGCUGAGAGACAAGCACCCAACACAUAGCCACAGCCAUGAAGGAAAUGUAAGUCCAUGGAAUUACUCAACUGGAAUAGAAAGUAGCAUUACCUUAAUCUUUAUGUCAAGCCAUUAUUAAGAUUUUCUGGGGAUUCAUUUUGUUUCAACCGAAUGAACAUUUCAUCAUGGCACAGAAAGAAAAGCUCCAAUGUCUGAAAGAUUUCCACAAGGACACACUGAAGCCUUCCCCAGGAAAGAGCCCGGGCACGAGGCCGGAGGAUGAGGCCGAGGGCAAGCCCAUUCAGAGGGAGAAAUGGGCCAGCAAGCUAGACUUUAUCUUGUCUGUGGCAGGAGGCUUCGUCGGUUUAGGGAACGUGUGGCGUUUCCCGUACCUCUGUUAUAAGAAUGGUGGAGGUGCGUUUCUCAUCCCCUACACAAUCUUCCUGUUUGGUGGAGGCCUGCCGGUGUUCUUCCUUGAGGUGGCUCUGGGACAGUUUACCUCUGAGGGGGGCAUCACCUGCUGGGAAAAGCUCUGCCCCAUCUUCACUGGUAUUGGCUACGCCUCCAUUGUGAUCGUCUCUCUUCUGAACGUCUACUACAUCGUCAUUCUGGCCUGGGGACUCUAUUACCUGUUCCAGUGCUUUCAGCCGGAGCUGCCCUGGGCCAAAUGCAAUCAGCCGUGGAACACAGACCGCUGCGUGGAGGACACCGUCCGCAAGAAUAAGACCCUGAUGCUGACUGCCAACAUCACCAACUUUACCUCCCCCGUCAUUGAGUUUUGGGAACGCAACGUGCUGAGCAUCUCCUCGGGGAUCGAUGACGUUGGCUCCCUGAAGUGGGACCUAGCCUUGUGUCUUCUGGCAGUAUGGGUCGUCUGCUUCUUCUGCAUUUGGAAGGGAGUAAAGUCUACCGGGAAGGUGGUGUAUAUCACAGCAACUUUCCCUUUCGUCAUGCUUAUCGUGCUGUUGGUCCGCGGAGUGACUCUGCCAGGGGCAUCUGAAGGGAUCAAAUUCUAUCUCUACCCGGACCUGAGUCGCCUACAAGACCCAGAGGUGUGGAUCGACGCAGGAACCCAGAUAUUCUUCUCCUACGCCAUUUGUUUGGGGGCCAUGACUUCACUGGGGAGCUACAACAAAUACAAAUACAACUGCUACAGGGACUGUUUGCUGCUGGGAGCCCUGAACAGCGGAACCAGUUUUGUGUCUGGCUUCGCAAUAUUUUCCGUCCUGGGCUUCAUGGCACAAGAGCAAGGGGUGGACAUUGCCGAUGUGGCAGAGUCAGGUCCUGGCUUGGCCUUUAUUGCCUACCCCAAGGCUGUGUCCAUGAUGCCCAUGCCCACGUUCUGGGCCAUCCUAUUCUUCAUCAUGCUUCUGCUACUGGGUCUCGACAGUCAGUUUGUUGAAGUGGAAGGACAGAUCACCUCCCUGGUGGAUCUGUAUCCAUCCAUUUUGCGGAUGGGUUAUCGGCGUGAGAUCUUUAUAGCUGUCAUGUGUUUCAUAAGCUAUCUUCUUGGACUAAGCAUGGUGACCAACGGGGGCAUGUAUGUGUUUCAGCUCUUUGACUACUAUGCAGCCAGUGGUGUUUGCCUUCUUUGGGUUGCAUUCUUUGAAUGUGUUGCUGUAGCCUGGGUUUAUGGCGCUAAUAAUUUCUAUGACGCGAUUGAAGACAUGAUUGGCUACCGACCAAACCGGUGGAUGAAAUGGAGCUGGACCUUUAUCACUCCUGUCCUCUGUGCGGGUUGCUUCAUCUUCUCAUUGGUCAAGUACAAGCCCCUGACAUAUAACAAGGUGUACGAGUACCCCGACUGGUCCAUCGGCUUGGGCUGGUCUCUGGCCCUUGCCUCUAUGAUUUGCAUCCCCAUGGUAAUGGUCAUCAAGAUCCUCCAGUCUGACGGACCACUCAUAGAGAGGAUUAAGGCGGUGGCGGCGCCAGUAAAGGGAGGUGCGAGUUCUCGCCCCACCGAAUACAGUGUGAAGGGAAGUGAACUGACCCAGCCCCUGGACCCCAAUGGGAACAACGGCCUGAUUAAGCCCACCCACACCAUUGUAGAAACAACGAUGUGAGCACUCUCUGUGAGAGGAAGUAGUGAUUGAUGUGCUGUCUAUUAUUAUCAUAUCUGCUAACUUUGAUAGUGGUAGAACCAGGUUUACAUUGUUCUAUAUCCACACUGGGAAUAUUCUGGUUUGGUUUCUAUGACGAUGAUGAAAAAGAGAGUUAUAUAUAUUGUUGUUUUUUUUUAUCAUAUUGUUGUUACCAUUAUUGUUGUCGCCAUAGUGGGUACUGAUCUCAGUUUAGGUAUUUUGAGAUGGAACAUGUUGUUCUGCGUUAACUACCAUUCUGUUGAUUGUGAAGAAUAGAGAAGGUGUUUGUGGUCGGAAAUACUACAGAAAAAAAUUGUGCAAUUUGCAACAGUGCAAAUACAGUCAACUGAACGUGUAACUACACGUGUAACAUGUUAGCUUGCAAAAUAUUAACUAAGUCUCCAACUUACUGUGGCUAUAGCCACACAUACCUGCUAGUAUAAUAGACAUCCACACCACUUAGACUGAAUGUAUAGUGACAACAUGUAGUGUAGAUUUAGUAGUUCAUAUGUCCUUAUGGUUACUAAUGUCCCUGCCCAAAUACUGUACAAAAUGUUCCUGGAAACAUAAUGUGUCCUUAGGGGGGAGGAAGAUAAGAAGGUGGGGAAAGCAAAUUGUAGAAUGAAAAGGGAAGAAGCAUUUAAGAGUAUUUGUACAUUGCCUAAGACUGUCACAGUCCGUCCCAGUGCUUUUAUUGAAGCCUCUAUUUGCACUUUAUCCAUUUAACCCUAACUGUAGUCAUCUGAAGUGUCACAAGAUCCUGCAGUUACCUUUACACCAUGCAUUUUAAUAGCUUCACACCUUUUUAAUAGUUUUCUUUGAUAUCUAUUAAUUCAAACACAAGCAUUACACUCUAACUACAUAAAAAGGUUGGAUCAUUGCCAUCAAACAUCGUAUCUCUGUAAAUGCAUUUGUGUGAGUUGUGUGAAACAUAACUUAAUUGGAGCAAAAUGUAAUCCUAACAAAAUGCUUUUUCUAGAAAUGUGAAAGUGUUUUAUUCUCCAGUGAGCUCAUUUUAAUAGCAGUGAUGUUCACUAAAUAUCUAUAUUAUAUGAAACUACUGGUAAACUCUGGGUUUAAUCGUGUUGAUUUUAGGCAAAUGUAUUAUAGUAUUUUACUUGUUUGUAAAUCACAUAUGCCUUUUUGUAUUAACCAUUUUAUACAGUACACCAUAUGUCACUGAUGAUGACUUAUUUUUUCUGAAUAAAGUCAGAAAUUUGUAUUUUUAAUGUUAACUGUUAUGAGCCGUGUGGAAUGCUGUGUGGAAUAUUUUGUCAAAGGAAAUUACCACUCAAUUUAUUGAAUUUAAUUUUAAAACCAAAACAAAUACUAAACGAUAUGUGACCAGUCUACAAAGUAUAAAAUAUGUUAACCUUUAAAACAAAGCAUGUACAUGAAUAUCCAGUGUACAGCGCUUGGUACAAAAUUGUCCAAAGGCAAUAAUAAACCCUAUUGAAAACUUAAAUGUA